CUAGGUGCCCUUCUGCGCUUUCACUACCUGCGCAAUAAAAUGGAUGAUAUAGGAAUCGCCCGCACUAGUCGGGGCAUGAUAAAGCAUCUUGCAUUCCCGGGUUUAACUUCUCUGUACAUUCCUACUCUUGUUCAGAAAUGGGAUAUGUCCAAGACUCCAAUAAAGCCCCAGUUUGCCUUGCUAACUCAAACGAAGGAUAGCUUUCGAAUAUGCAGCUCGUGCAGGUUCCCCUUGACUCGGCCAGUCAGAUGCAGGUCCAUGAGCAGAAGUCAUGGGAGGGUACAUUUGCGAAAUCGCCUGCCCGGAAGUCGAGCGCGAAAUCCGAGAUGGCAAUGUUGCCAGCAUCCUUGGAUGUAACGGACUGUUUCUCAACAUGUAAAGCAGGGGAUAAUAUGCCAUCUCGCGAGGACAAGCCUGAGGCACACCACGAGCGCCUCCUAUCAAUCCCGGCACAAGGCUCUCUUUCCGCAACCAUGUCCAUGGCUAGAAUUCUGACUGAGGACCUUGUGUCUCGGGUUGUAACGCAAUUCAGCAUCUUGACAGUCUCUCCUAGAGCCGACCACAGAGCCCCUUCGUCGGAAUGGAAAACGGAACAAUCGCAAGGCACCAGCCCUGACCCGAUUAGCACACGGAAACAAGCCCAGGUAGGCGAGAUGAAUGAAAAUAACGAUAAAGAAGAAGACGAGGACAGACGUGGAGAUAAAUCAAUAGAGCCUCCACGUCGGGAGUCCUCCAAGAUACUCCGAGGAAAAAAGCUCGCCUGCCCUUACUACAAAUAUGACACCCAUAGGUACGACCGCCGGAGUGUCACGCAUGGUUCUUGUUGUGGACCUGGGUGGCCUUCCAUCCACAGGCUCAAGGAGCAUCUGUACAGAAAACAUCAAAUUGUGAACAGCUGCAACCGCUGCUGUCAAUCUUUUACUUCCAGUAAUGAUUUGUAUGCGCACAUGGUCGCCCCCGAGCCAUGUCGCGUCAUAAAAAGGGACCCCACCGAAGGCUUCACGCAGGACAAAAAGGAGAGGAUCGAAUCUGUAGGGCGCUACAAAGGUGGCACUUCGAAGCCAGAAGAUAAUCGCUACCAUUGGCGGGAGAUAUAUCGCAUUCUCUUCCCCGAGGUGGCCCCGGAGGAUAUUCCGUCGCCAUAUUACGAAGAAGCGGAUGACCAUCAAACGCCAGCUGGUGGAUGUCGACCCAUACUAUCGUCACCAAACGAGCGCAGAAAUACUCUUCAGCUUACUAGCGACUCCUCUAACGAUGAGCAUGAUGUAGAUCAAAAUUGUGUAGAGAAACAUGAAGAUGGGGAUGACCAGAACCAGGAGGAGACUCAGAAAGACGCGGACGAACUUAGUUCUAUUCAACAGGCGACUGUUGACAGACUGAUGACAUUCUUCUUUGAACAGUUCAACAGGGAAACCGGAGUCACGACUUUCAAAGGGGGACAAGGGUCUGCCAACGCGGGUGGCAGUUAUAUCGACCAAUCAGAGCAGCAGACGGACGCUGGGGCUGACGAUUCUGGGAGCGGAAUAAAUGGCCGCCGCAGCCCUCGUAGACCGCCAAAACGAGGCAAACAUGAUGAUGACGACGACGGAGACGGAGACGAAUACAAGCCCCGGGGGAAGCGACCAAAGAUUGACUCACCUCUGGCCAGGAAGUUGGCUUGCCCUUUCUAUAAGCGCAGUCCACGACGAUACAAGGGGCAACGCUCGGGGAAGCGGUCGGCUUGCUGCGGGCCAGGCUGGAGUUCGAUGCACCGGGUCAAAGAACAUAUCUAUAGGAGUCAUGGCCUCAAAAAUGUUUGCUCCCGGUGUUUCGAGCGGUUCAACGACCAGGAAGAGCUAGAUAGCCACACCAGAGCCGCGGUAUGGUGCGAGCCACACAACGGUGUUAUGCUUGACACCAUCACGCCAUCUCAAGAGAAGAAGCUCAAAUCCCGCAAAAAGGAUCCCGAGGCUGUCAGCGAAGCGCAAAAGUGGGUAAAGGUGUAUAGGGAGAUCCUGUUCCCCGACUUGCCCCAUGACGAGACCCCAAGCCCAUUCUACGAGGAUGAAGAUGUAAAAAAGGAAGACCAGCUGGAGGAUUAUAAGGCGUACCUCCGGCGGGACCUGCCACCUUUGGUCAGGAAUUGGCUCGAACAGGAGGUUGGACGGCAUCUCGACCCCGACGAAGACGAGUUAAAGCGUCGCGUCAUCGAGAUUGCUCGGAAGCUCCAGCUGGAGCUUUUUGAGAGCUACCUGAAAUCAGAAGACCCAGAAGCGCCUGGGACCGCGCUUGCCGAGCCAGAAACGGCCCCGUCUGCUGUGCCAGCACCAGACCUCCCCGAACCUGCCACUGACGUCGUAGCUGCCUUCCAUCAAGGUGACCUGGUCGUCGACGUGCCUCGGGGGCUUGAUGAUGCCACGGGACCUGCCGAUCAAGCAGUCAUGGGAGGCGAACCUGGCGCGCGGCCCGAGGUUGAGGAUCUGUCUGCAAUCGAUAUUUUCGACUUCACAUUCGACAUGUUGAACUGGGAAACUCUACCGGAUCCAUGGUCGACUUUGGUUUUGGGCCAUAGUCACACGUUUGGGAGCCUCGAAGUGGGAAGAACCAGCGGUGGUGAAUCCUGGAGCUCUGAUUUGGCACAAAUUUCGGGCUGACUAUCCUUGUUGCUGUUCGAAUUAGGGGCUCAGACCCGAAGGCAUGGUGUGAUGAUCACAUAAUGAUGAUGUAGCGUACUUAUCUUUACUAUC